AUGAAAAGAAAUAUCCGUGAAGAUGUCUUUGCUGUAGAUGUCUUUAGCAAGGACAUAUUUGCUAAAAGUAAUGAAUUUGAUGAAGAAAGUGGAAAAGAACUUGAUGAAGAAGCAAUGAUGACCCCAACAAUCAUAUGGGAGAAAGAUAAAAAGGAAAAUGCAAGGAUAAUUAAAAGAUUACCGAAAUCAACGUAUUAUCGUAAGUUCGGUGCUUCCGGUACGCUUGCAAACGCUGCCAAGGGAACCUGUCAAAUUACUGACUUUUUUAGGAUUGCGAGCGAGUUGCCCAGAAGGCUUUUAAUACCUUCCACGUUUCCUAUGUUUCCUAUGACUUCCUGGGCAA